AUGUCUAUCAGAACAGUUGCAGUUGCUGGAGGCUCAGGCUCCCUCGGCGGGCCCAUAAUCGAAUCUCUUGUGUCAUCCUCCUUCGAGGUAACAGCUCUCAUCCGGGCCGGCAGCCAAGCUUCUUUCCCGGCACCAGUGAAAACCAUCACGGUCGAUUAUGCUUCUCACGAGAGUCUUGUUUCUGCCUUCCAGGGAAUCGAUGCUGUGAUCUCAGUUCUAAGUGGACCAGGACUGGAAUACCAACCUGCCAUUCUUGACGCUGCCAUUGAAGCUGGCGUGUCCAGAUUCUUGCCCAGCGAGUUCGGCUCCAAUACCUACAUCCCAAAGACGUCAGAAAUCCCAAUCUUCCAGGGCAAGGUCGCUUUCCAGAAAACUUUGGAACAGAAGGUGGCACAAAAUCCGAGUCUGUCAUAUUCAUUAAUCGUCCAUGGUCCCUUGUUUGAUUUCUGUCUCUCUGGUGGCUUGUUUGGGGAUAUUAAAAACCGCGAGAUGACUAUUUAUGAUGGCGGAGAUAAUAUGUUCUCAACGACUUGCUUAGCCGAUCUUGGUUCAGUUGUUGUUGGUGUUCUGAAGAACCCUGAGCAGACCAAGAACCGGGCGAUCUUCGUUGAGGGCGCGAACCUCACUCAGAACAAGCUUUUGAGCAGCUUGGAAAAAGUGACGGGGUCUACCUGGACGAGAAAAGAGGGGUCUAUUGCGGAACUGAAUGCUGCUAUGAUGGCUGAGAUGCAGAAGGAGCAGCCAAAUCCUGGUGUUUUUGUCCCGGGUUUCCUGAAGGUUGCUAUCUUUGGUGGAUCUGCGUAUGGCUCAGACUUGAACGAGCAGACACCUGGACUCGACAAUGAUGUCGUCGGUCUAAAGGCAUACAGCGAGGAGGAGCUAGAGGAGAAGAUUAAAAGUAUUGUGGGUUGA